GGGAUGGCGUCCAAUACGUUACCUCUAGAUGAGUGCGUUCUUUCGGACAUCGGAUAUCGUCUUGAGAAAAUCAAGGUUCUGUUUUGACUCCUGACUGACGCACGUUUCUCUGUCUUCGCUCGCGACUUGUGUACUUAGGUUAUCACUCGGCGUGACCCGUUUCUUUCGUCUACUCGUCCCAGCACUUGAGGAUAGGAUACAAAUAACAUGGACUACAUUUCCCAAUACGCUUUUGUUUUUUCUUCCGUUGUUGUUCAUGGCGUACCUCGCGAGGAGACCUGAUACGCAUUUGAUUCGCGUGCUUAUGCUUCCGUCGACUGUUGCUGUGACGUUACAUUCGUGUUUUGGGUAUGUAUGGGUUGGGAGAGGGAGGAAUGUGUAUAAUUGGGGUGAAGCCUUGGUUGGGUUAAUGGUGCUUGGAAAGGCACUGGACUAUGCACUCGUCCCCAAUGGACAUUAUAAAGUCGGCGAGAAACGUCCGGGAGAUGUACAGACGCCCGCAAUCAGCAAGAAGGAUUAUGACCCCAAAGACCCAACACGUCGUAUUUCAAACGGAUACAUACCACCAACACGAGGACGCAACAGACCUCUCUCGAGUAUCCUACCGCUUUGGUUACAAGACGGACUUGAACUUGUAUGUGCUGCGCGCGGUGUAGGAUGGGACUGGGGGAAAGGAGUGUAUAUACCAAAGGAAGAGAGGCCGCUCAGUCGUGGACCGUUCUUGCUUACGACCCUCUCGUCGUUCUUGUACAGUUUUCUUGCGCUAGACUUGCUGGAAUCGUUGAUCAAGCUCGUUCCUGGUGUCGGUCUCCCCACAGGCGGGUCUAUCUUCCUGGAUCACCUGCCUCCUCUUGAACGAUACGGACUGAGCACUGCCAUUCAUUUCGGGAGCGGAUUCGCUUUACUUGCGGGUUUCCAAAUGGUUUAUGAUUUGUGUACGUUGAUUGGCGUUGGGGUAUUAUGCCAUGACCCGACGAGUUGGCCUCCUAUCAUGGAUAGACCCUGGUCGUCUGAUUCGCUUCAUUCGUUUUGGGCGAAACGGUGGCAUCAGCUUCUAAGGCAGACGUUCCUUACGUUUGGUGGGCGGCCGGUGCAUUUCCUUCUUGGCGACGGCACUUUGGGGAAAAUAGGGAUGGUGCUGGGAACGUUUGCGGCUUCGGGUGUGUAUCAUGAGUUGUCGAGUACGGCUAUGGGGCGUGGGAUGGAUGGGAGGGUGGUUUUGUUCUUUGUGUUGCAGGGUGUGCUUGUUAUUCUUGAGAGGGUUUGGAGAGUCGGUACUGGGAGACGGGUUGGUGGAUGGUUUGGGAGGGUGUGGGUGUAUUUCGUUAUUGGAGUACUUGGGCAGCCUUUAGUCGACGCGUGGCAUAAGAAAGGCCUUGCAGGAGGUAUGAUCAUCCCUCCUAUCAUCAGCCCGACGCGAAGAGUCUUCUUUCCGCUUGUUUCGAGAUAUACCGGGUUAGACCUUGAAGUAUACCCUUUAUAGUUACGGUACCAUCUAUCGUUUUUUUCUUGCUUUCUUUCGCAUGCUAUCUAGCUAUUCUGAUACGACGAUAAUUAUUAAUGAUGCCCCAUACAUUGCUUAAUCCUGCUUGCUUAGUCACAAUAUUUAUGUGAAUUUGUACCUAUCUACUGUUCCUUGACUUAUCUCUGUAGAUGAAUUACUAUCAAACAUAUUAAUUCUAUCCAUAGUGCCUUUCUUUGUAACUUUACAGUGUACAUUCUGCUUGAUUGCAUUAA